AUGGCACCGCAUGGGCCAAGAUCGAUGGCGGUCCCCCCAACAGGACCUGCUCGGUCUUCGGCCAUGCCGUCCGUGAACAAUGGCGCCGGCCCGACACCACCUACACCCGGACGCGACGAUGAGAAGCACCCGCCUGCCAAGGGCCCUCACCCGGGCAAGAUAACCCUUCCGAAGCAGUACUGCCACGAGCAACGGCUGCGGGGGAUGCAGCUGGCCAUAGGAUGCGACCCUUCGCGGGAGACGAGCUACAGGUUGCAGGGUAUCCAACUGAUCGACUCGGUGCGGCUUGCUUUAAGAUUGCCGAUAAAAACGUUCGAUACGGCGUGCACAUACUACCACAUGUUUCGCCUCUUUUUUAGGGACGCCGAAUACAACUUUCAAGACGCGGCGCUCACUGCGCUGUUCGUCGCUUGCAAAGUGGAGGAUACGAUGAAAAAGUCCAAGGAGAUCCUGUGUGCGGCCUACAAUCUCAAAAACCCGGAUCAUCCAACGACUCCAGAUGACAAGAUGUUCGAGCAACCCACCAAAAUAGUUAUUGGUCUGGAAAGACACAUCCUACAAACCGUAGGCUUUGACUUUCGUGUUCGCCACCCGCAAAAAUACUUGAUCAAAGUCGUACGCAAGCUGUUCCCGGCGGAGCUGGGCAGGCAGAUUCUUGACGUCGCAUACCCGAUGUGUACCGACAUGUACAAAACCUUUGCGCCCAUAAAGCAAGCAACGUUCACAAUGGUGAUGGCCAUUGUCGAGUUGACGGCGCGUUUGACGGGACACCAAAACUUCCUGAGUGAUGUGGACCUUUCGAAAUACCACACAGAUCGGGGCUCUGUCGUGGAAACCAUGCUGGACUUGCUGGAUCUCUACGCUCAGUUUCUACGCCAGACCAAGGUCGGAAUGCGCUUCGACCUUGACACGUUCAUCCAAGUUAAGAUCAAGAUCAACCAGGAGGUAGAAGCCGAUCCCUCGCUGGAGCGUUUCAUGGACGUUUGCGUAAAGUGCUCCGCAGAAGAAGCGCGAGAUGGCGCUCAGAACAACCAUAUCCUAUCAAUCACGCCUGGCUCAGCAACAUCCCCUGCAACCACUGGAUCAGGCGGUGCUCCUGCAAGCGGUGGAAAAGCUACGAGUGCUGGAAAAAGCAUCAGAAGCCAAGACGGUACACUCAGGUACGCAUUUGAUUCCGAGCAGGUUCGGACGGAGAAGAGAAUUGUGGACAAGUUUUUCGAGGAGAAGUUUGAGGAGUACGAGGUCGAGGUCGAGGAAGAGAUCCCAGAGACGACCCACCAGAACAAUAACCACCGCCACAACAAUCACCAUAACCCCAGGCCACCUACCGGUCCUGCGGGACCCCAAAGGGGUCACGGCUCCAGGCGGGACCGCGGCGGCCAUCAUGACGGAGGCUGGCCCUACCCCAGUGGUAGACAUUCUGGGGGUGGACAUGACAGGCACAAGGGCCGCAAAGGUCACACGAUGACGACGGCUUCAACACUUCUCGCGCAAAAGGCCAAGCUAGCCACGGGCGCGACGAUCCCCCGGAUCCAGCUCGGGCUGUACAUGAUGUCCCGCAGCGAGGCGUCGCGCUCGGUGCGCUGGGCUCUCGAGGCCGGGUACCGCGGCUUCGACUGCGCGCAAAUGUACCGCAACGAGGCCGAGGCGGGCGCGGCGAUCCGCGAGGCCGUCGACGGAGGAGAGCUGGCGCGCGAGGACGUGUUCUACACGACCAAGCUGGCCAGCAACAGCGAGUCGUACGACGCGGUGCGGAGGUCCAUCCGCAAGUCGGUCGAUGCCUGCGGGCUCGGAUACGUGGAUCUGUUUCUGCUGCACAGCCCCUACGGAGGUCGCGAGGCCAGGCUGACGAGCUGGAGGGCGGUUGAGGAUGCUAUUGAUGCUGGAGAGGUGAAGAUGGGAGGUGUGAGUAAUUAUGGGGUCAAGCAUAUUGAGGAGCUCAUGGCUUCCAAGCCCCGGCAUCACCCCGUGAUCAACCAGAUCGAGGUGCACCCCUUCAACACUCAAGUCUCGAUCCGGGAAGCGUGCGCCAGGCACAAGAUUGUUAUCGAGGCAUAUGCGCCUUUGGCACGGGGCAUGAGGAUGAAGGACCCCACCAUGGUGUCGCUGAGCAAAAAGUACGGCUGCACCGUCGCUCAACUGUUCGUCAAGUGGUCAUUGCAGCACGACUUUGUGACACUGCCCAAGAGCAGCAAGCGAGAGCGCAUAAUCGAGAACGUGGACGUGGGUGGCUUUGAGAUAUCACGGGAAGACAUGGAAAGGAUGGAUGGACUAGAUGAGAAGCUGGUUACGGAUUGGGCGCUACCGUGUUCAAACUCACCUUGUACACCGACACGCGACUGCCUCAUCGGCUCGUCGACAUUGGAGUCGUACGCAAACCGACGACCGGUCGUAGCGAGGCCAGCAGACCGCGCAUCGCUCGCCAAUUCAAAAAGACCGCUGCGAGAGGAUGACGAACCGGGUCUGGACGACGCACCACCGUCGUCACUCCUGAACAUAAACGCCCUCCUGACCCUGUCAAAAGACGACGCAAUCUUGCGCAGGCCGGGCCGACCGGCUUGGUCGCCGCCCUGGUCCAUACUACCGUUUUGA